AAUAAAUGUAGCGCGGUGGCGCGGGCCGGCAGCUCUCUCCGAGGGGCUGCGGCGCAGCCAUGCAGUUCCCGCACCCGGGGCCCGCGGCUGCGCCCGCCGUGGGAGUACCGCUGUAUGCACCCACGCCGCUGCUGCAGCCCGCGCACCCGACGCCCUUCUACAUCGACGACAUCCUGGGUCGCGGACCCGCCGCGCCCACCCCCACGCUGCCAUCCCCCAACUCCUCCUUCACUAGCCUCGUGUCCUCCUACCGGACCCCGGUGUACGAGCCCACGCCGGUCCACCCAGCCUUCUCGCACCACCCCGCCGCCGCGCUGGCCGCCGCCUACGGCCCCGGCGGCUUCGGAAGUCCUCUGUACCCCUUCCCGCGGACGAUGAACGACUACACGCACGCCCUGCUCCGCCACGACCCCCUGGGCAAGCCCUUGCUCUGGAGCCCUUUCCUUCAGCGGCCUCUGCACAAAAGGAAGGGCGGUCAAGUGAGGUUCUCCAACGACCAGACCAUCGAACUGGAGAAGAAGUUCGAGACUCAGAAAUACCUCUCCCCACCUGAGAGGAAGCGUCUGGCCAAGAUGUUGCAACUCAGCGAGAGACAGGUCAAAACCUGGUUUCAGAAUCGACGAGCUAAAUGGAGGCGACUGAAACAGGAGAACCCUCAAAGCAAUAAAAAGGAUGAGUUGGACAAUUUGGACACUUCCUGUGACCAGGGCCAACACUCUCCCAGUGAACAGAAUAAAGGUGCCCCUUUGGAUAGUUCUCAAUGUUCACCGUCCCCAGCCUCGCAGGAAGACCCCGACUCAGAGAUUUCAGAGGAUUCCGACCAGGAGGUGGACAUUGAAGGUGACAAAGGCUACUUUAAUGCUGGAUGACGGUCACCGCCGGAGAUGCAGUCAGAGACCAGACUUUCGAGAAUGUUCUGCUACAGACAAACUGGAAAACUAUGGGAGAGAAAAAGAGUAUCUUCUAUUUGGUGUGCUGGCUAAUUAACAAACAUAUAUUGAAACUUUAAAUUUUGACUUAUAGAUGGUGUAUAUACCAGCUUUAAGUUGUUUUGAUAAAGUAACUAAAUGUAUCCCCAUUUUUAAAAAGUGAAUAAUUUCUAUUUAUGAGAAGUAAUUUGAACUUUUUUGUUUAAAAUUUAAAUUAUAACUUUAAAGGUUUUAUAGGCUGCUCCUGAAUGACUUCUCCUAAAUCUGUGGCUAUACACUCAACUUCAGGGGUACAGUUAGAAAGGGGGUCCAUGCUUGUGGCUCCUUGGAGCAGGUUCAAAGGGCACACUCGACUUUUGCGUGACAUCUCACAUUGCUGCCUUAACGCCUAAGCCAUUCCAGAGCACGUGGCUCCAGGAGUGUGUUCUUAGAAGCAAGAUAGCUGAUAAGGUUCUCAAAAUCUUGUUUUGCUCUGUCAGUACCUCUCUUCAGGGAUGGCUCAGUCCCUACAGGCAGGAAAACUGAUUCAUUUGUGGCUGAACGUAAUCAAUCCCUUGUGAACUAGAAACAGCAGGACAAUUAAAUGUAAGUGAUUGUAGAUAGUGUGUUUUAUAGAAACAAUGUCUAUAGCAUGUAUAUAGAAUUAUUCACUGUAAAAAAACCCUGCCAAAAUGAUGUUUAAUUUUUUAAAAAAUUUUUUAUUUGAUGAGUUAA